UUGUUGCUCGACCAACCAACAUGGCCGAAGUGAGCGUCUAAAACAUUGCAUAGCUCAGAGAUUGUUUUUCGAGCAGCAAACUCUCCUUCGAGGUACUUCUUGAGAAUGUUGCAGCGAUUGAGCCUAAAAAAAAUUGUAGUGACUGUUGCAGUUGACUUGAUUAAAUAAGGUAUUAAAAUAGGAUUAUUAAAAAUGGAACCAAGUGAAGUUGAGUUUUUGGGAGAGAAGAAGAUGGUUAGUAUUGUACCUCAUUUUAAUUAUAGUAUCAUUCAUCUGAUUUCUGGACCAGUUGGUCCAUUUCGUGCUAAUUUACCCGUAAAAGUACCGAUAUGGUUGGCAUUGCAAUUGAAACAACAACAGAAAUGCAGAAUUGUAGCUCAAGAUUGGAUGGACGCAGAGAAUUUAAAUGAACUUAUAGAAAAAGAAAAAGGUGAAAAAUUAUUUACUGAAAUGCCAAGCGAUCAUUUCAUGGAUGAAGCACAAAUGCUAUUAACUGCAGGAGCUGACGAUAUACCUGAUGUUGAUAAUAUUAGAACUGCAGUCAAAGACAUUUGGGAUUUAAGAAAUGCCAAACUUCGAAGUUCUGUAAUAGCUUUUGUAAAAAAUCAAGGAUCUACUUAUGCCAAACUUGAUCAUCUUACUGCAAUGGAAAUAAACAGUAUACGUUCAUUAUUGCCAGAAACUCUGAAUGUAAUGCUUCAAAUAGAGGAAUCUGGAAAAUCAUCAGUAUCAACUGAAUCACAACAACUUUCCUCAACUCUUGAUACUUCGCAUUCACAAAAUCAGUCCUAGCAAAUAAGUGUAUAAUUGUUGUGUUUUGUAUUAUUAGCUUUUAAGUUUUAAAUAUUAGGUAUUUUAUAAGAUAGAAUAUAGGCUUUGUAUCAAUCUUGUACAAAUAAAA